CUGUAAAUUUACUUGUUCGAUUUUGUAUUCUUAAUUUUUCAUUACGUUCACGUCGGAGACAUCCAAGCAAAACUUGGAUUUGGCGUUUCCAACGUUUUACCCUUCAUCAUGUCGUCGAAGAAGACGUUUAAAAUCAAGCAAAAGCUUGCCAAAAAGAUGAAACAGAAUCGCCCUAUUCCACAAUGGAUUAGGAUGAGAACUGGUAACACAAUAAGAUACAACGCCAAGAGGCGUCACUGGAGAAGAACUAAGCUCAAGUUGUAAACUAUGCUGAUACUGAUUUACCAUUUCUGCGGGUACUUUAAAUAUUAUUCAGAUGAAUAAUAAUUAUGUACAAUGUUUAAUAUUCAAUAAAACUCCAAAAAUUAACAAAA